AUGUCUUCACCCGUAUCACCAUCCCAAGAGGCCUACACGCCCGCCAUUCCAUCGCCUCUGAACCCCUUCAGCCUCGAGACUCCUGCUCCCAGACGACACGGACGCUGCGCGAGUAGUCGCCCCCGCGCGGUGCGGAAACCCGGCGGGCCCAUCAGUCCUACACAACGGCUCAUGCGUCAGAAAGCGGCGGCGGCAUAUGUUACACAGCGAAACGCCGUCUUGGACGGCCCUUAUCCUCCCUUUCCCGCAUCAUUAUCCCCACCGCUCGGAAACCAGCCCGACAUCGCGAGCCGUGAGGGUAAUAUUGAGGAGGCCGAUAUUGUGGACGACGGCCAGCACGGCUGCUCACGGUUGGGCAUAGUGGACGAAAAUUGUCACGAGAUGGGGCUUGGGAUCGUGAUGAUGGACAUGGAGAAACAGGCCUUGGUCGGCAGCUGCGAAGAAUUUGGAACGGUUCCUAUAUAUGACUCCGAGCACGCGUACAGACCCCCGAGGCGCUCGAGAAUAUUGACCAAGGAACGGGUUCUGGUGGCCGCGGGGAUUCUGUGUGUUGUAGGUCUAUUAUCAGCAAUGCGUUCUCGUGGUACUUCACUAUAA